AUGGAGGCCUAUCUGCGACAAUGGCAGCAGCAGUGUUUGGACCGACAGCAGUGGGAUGCCGCCAUCUACGUCGGUGACAAGCUGCUGGCCUUGACGAACUCGGACGAGGAUGCAUACGCGCUCGCAAAGAUCCACUUUACGGCGAGCAACUACACCAGAGCACUGUCGCUGGUGUCGAGAUCAGACCUGCUACAACGAUCGGCCGCCGCAAAGUACCUCGCAGCGCAUUGCCAUGUCAAGCAGAACAAACACGACGAAGCGCUGGAACUGCUGGGCGAGAAGAAUCCAGUCCAUCUUGUGACGCAAACAGAUUCGGCGCGAAGAAAGCUCCAGUACAUGAGCAACGGCCUGUCGAGCAAGCAGCUGGGCAAGUCGAAGCUACCGAGUCGCGUCGAAAGGGCGGACAGAAGUGAGGAGCGGGAUCAUGAGAAUGCUUCCAACAUCAAGUUUGAAGCUGGCAUGUGCUAUCUGCGAGGACUCUGCUACGCGAAGCAGAACGCCUUCGACCGCGCAAAAGAUUGCUACAAAAGCGCCGUGCGGAUAGACAUUCAGUGCUUCGAGGCCUUCGAUCAGCUGAUGAAGAACUCCCUCAUGAGCCCUGGCGAAGAAUGGGACUUUGUCGACAGCUUAAACUUCGACAGCAUACUGGCCGAUCCUGGGGGUGUAAACACAGCAUCAGAAGCCGCCGACUUCACACGCAACCUCUACCUGACCCGACUAUCAAAGUACUCGCGGCCUGAAGAGUUCAAGAAAGCCAUCGAAACCCUCUCAACCCACUACCACCUCGACACCAACCCGGACAUCCUCCUCGCCGAGGCCGAAAUCCUCUACACCAACUCCCGCUCCGCCCAAUCCCUCGCCAUCACCUCCUCCAUCCUGGAACUCGACCCUUACAACUUCGCCUGCCUCCCGCUCCACCUCGCACUCCUGCACUCCCUCGGCCACACCAACGCCCUCUUCGCUCUCUCCCACGACCUCGCCGACACCCACCCUCACGAACCCUGCAGCUGGCUCGCCGUCGGCACAUACUAUCUAAACACCGGCCGUAUCCCCGAAGCACGCAGCUACUUCUCCAAAGCCUCCCUCAUGGACCCCCACUUCGGCCCCGCCUGGAUCGGCUUCGCGCACACCUUCGCAGCGGAAGGCGAAGGCGACCAAGCCAUCGCCGCCUACUCGACCGCCGCGCGCUUGUUCCAAGGCACGCAUCUCCCGCAGCUCUUCCUCGGCAUGCAGGAGAUCGCGCUCGGGCAUCUUACCGUCGCGCGCGAAUACCUAACAACAGCAUACAACCUCUGCGACCGCGACCCCUUGCUCAUCAACGAACUCGGCGUCAUCGCCUACCUUGAAGACGACUUCGCCAGCGCCGCCAAUUCCUUCAAACUGGCCCUCAGCAUCUCCGCCGACAACGACGCUCCGCCCUCGCAAACCAGCAGCACCCGACUGAAUCUCGCGCACGCGCUCCGUCGUUCUGGCCGCUUUCCGGAAAGCCUCGAGCACUUCGACGAAGUAGUCCGACUAGGCCUUCGCGACGUCGGCGUCUUCGCCGCCAAAGGUCUGGUGCUGCUCGAAAUGGACCAGGCGUUCGAAGCAACAGUGGCAUUACACGAGGCGCUUGCGAUCAGUCCGCAGGACCCUGUCGCUUCUGAACUCCUAACCCGAGCGCUGGGACUGCUGGAGACGGUCGGCGUGCUCACAGAGGUCCAAGAGGAAGGUGUGAAUGUCGGGUUGGAACGGACGCUGGGUGAGGUUAGGAGGGGCAAGAUGCCGAGACGGCGGAGGAUGGAGGGGGAGGGGGAGGGCAUGGAUUUGGAUGGCGCUUGGGAUGGCGGGGGGAGGUAG